GUUGAGGAGGGUAUUGGAUUUAACCAAACCCCGGAGGAUACAGGUAAUACCGAAAAGCGUAAAGCCAGUGGUUCACUACCAGGUCAUCCUGCUUCAAAACAAAAAGAAUCUUGGUUCAUGGAUUCGGAAAACUACAUGUACAAAGAACUUGGUGUUGGCCCAUUAACAGAUAACAGUCAAGAUAGUAAUUCCAACGGUUGCCCACUGAAAACAUCUGUGGAAAAGACACCAGCAAUCCUAAUAUCUGACAGUUGCCAGGUUCCUGAUGCACCUUGCGUGAUGGCCACCAGUCAUCUUGUAAAUAACUCUGACAGCAGUAGCCCCCAGAACCCUCGUAUUUUAAAGAGCUUGCCUCAGAGAGAUGAUGAUUUCAUUCGAAGGCGGAAGAAAGUUCUUUGUCGAUCUGGUUCAAGUUUGGCUGAGAUGCUUCCUGACUUGGUUCUGCUGAAUAUCUUCAAAUAUUUACCCAAAGUUGUACUUACCAAGUGUGCGCAAGUGUGUAAAAAAUGGCAAAGAAUCAUGGAAUCUGAAUGUCUUUGGAAGCGCCUAGAUCUUGGCAACAAAACAUUAACCGAAGGAGUUCUUGGUCAGAUUCUCAACAGAGGUGUUGUUGUACUCCGACUAACAAGAGCUGAGAUCUCUUCUCCAAUCUACACUGGUCCAACCAGUGUCUUCAGUUCUACAAAGCUUUCUAAGCUGCAGUAUUUAGAUUUGAGUAUAGCAAAUAUAUCUGUGAAGGGCUUAGGUGAGAUUCUGGCUAAGUGCCAUGACUUGCGUAAAUUGAGCCUUGAAAGUUGUGACGUUGAUGAUGCUGUGUGUAGUUAUAUUGGUGAAAACAAGCAGCUUGAAGUUCUGAAUAUGUGUAUGACCAGAGGAAUCACAGAUAAUGGCCUCAUGCCUAUUGCUUCCAACUGCAGAAAACUGGAAUCUUUAAAUCUUGCCUGGACAGGACUUGAACAACACAGCCUUAUGUAUCUUAGCUUAUGUUUACCUGAAAGUUUACUCAAACUAAAUAUAAGUGGGUUUCGAGAAAAUUUGACAGAUGAAGAGGUUACCCAGUUAGUGACGACUUGCCCUAAUCUCAUAACCGUGGAUCUCAGUGAUUCAUCAUUACUCACAGAAAACUCUGUCAAUGCAAUUGUUGGUUUGAAAAACUUGGAACAUCUUUCUUUGACAAGAUGUAAUCGUAUCUUACCAGUUUCACUUUAUUCCUUGAGCAACUUGCCUCAGCUGUCUGUCUUAAAUAUUUAUGGAAUGUUACCUGAUGGAAUAUUGCAACAUCUCAGCGACGCCCUUGGAAAAGUGGCUAUCAAUAAAUGUCCCUUCACAAAGAUUUCUCGCCCUACAACUGGUAUCCAUAGAACCAGUAUCUGGGGUUUGAGAGUCAGAGACAAUCCUCUAUGAAGUUCUUAUUAAUUUUUUUUUUUCUUCUUCCUCCAAUCAUUUCUCAGCUUAUCAUCAUCAUCAUCAUCAUCAUCAUUUUAAUUGAACUGAUCUAAGUAAAUACAAGGGUAGCCCUUAAUCCCACGUAUUUGUUCCUAAAGCUCCAGUGAUUGAAAGGAUCCACUUGUAGGUCCUUUUCUUUUUAGGCACCACCCAGAUUGUGAUUUUUAUCCUGCUUCAGGAUAGCACAUUGUACUUUAUUACAUCCUAAUCUUUGUAUUUCAUUGUCUAAUUAUCUCGAGACUUACUGUAAAAAUCAAACCCAUUCGUUGACCUGAAAUUGUUGUAUAUUGUUUAAAAUUGUAGGUUUUAUUUACCUUGAUGUAUUGGUUUCUUUUAUUUAAAGACUUUUAUUUGUUUUUAAGUGUUAAAUUUCAUUGCAUAUUCUCUCCUGGCAAAUUCUAUGUAAAUUUUUAAUGUCAAAGCAAGGGAAGUUUUGCAAAAUAUUUCGAUUUAGUUACUAAUGAUUUAUCAUAUUUGAUGUUACCUAAAAGACAUACAAGCAUAUUAAAUGCACCCCAAUGUCAACAACACAUAUUCAGGAAAAAAUGUCUUUCAUGCAUUGAAGCUUAUAAGAGGUCCAACUUCAUGUAAAGGACUUGGGUUUUUUUUUUGUUUUUUUUGAUGGUGCCUCAUGCCGUCAAAUAAUACAAUAGUUAAAUUCAGAGAGUAUUGUAGUUUGCUUGAAGCAUUAUGUAUUUGUAAAGGAUAAAAAGUUUUGAAUGGUAUAACAGUGCACUAUAAUACAAACAAUGGGCUAUAAUGACUGUUGUAAUUUAGUCAUCCAUAGUCUGAUGAUAUUUCGGAAUAAAAUUCCUUCUUCAGAUAUUCUUAGAUGGAGUCACUGCUAUAAUCGGUUUUAAAUUAUAUAGGAAGCAAUGCUCAGAAACAAGAUUUUCCAUGCAGCACUUGUUACAGUUAAUGGAUAUUAUUUCUUACCUAUGCUGUCUGUCAGUCUGCUUCGAUUGGUUUGUUUGUGUGCGUGCAGUUCAUACAGAAUCAAAUGUUUACACAAACAAAUGUAUAUUCAGUCACACUAUUACAAAUUCUCACAUAAGCACACAUUCAUAUACACUUGUGCUCCUACCUGUGACCUGUCUCCCAUUGAAAUUUCCUCCUGAGAAUUUUCAUAACAUCCUCAUGGGACUUCUGUUAGAAUCAUUGAUAGAGGCUGAGGUGGAGUGAGAAACACUAAGCUGCCAUGCAGUACCCACAAAUAAGUUAUGUCAUCUCUAGAGACUUGUGUCGCCCCAAGUUGUGGUCCUCAUAACGCCACAUGAUGUAUAUCUGUGGCACAACAACAUUGGUUGUUAACUAAAAAAUAAAUGGUUCAAGCCCACCCAGGAGCAGUCAAAUUUCCUAGGGUACAGGUGUAGCUGUAUAAUUAAGAAGCUUAUCCUUGCAUGUAGAUUUGGUAGAUGGGAAGUUAAAAUCGUGUGUGUGCAUGCUUACUCUUGUCUUGUCAUCAUGUGGUGAUUGUAAGCAAGCAUCGCCAUUAUACAAAUGUACCUGUAUCUCGAUAGACAAGUAUAUGCUGAGUAGGAAGUAGUUGUGGAACAGGAUUAUGUUGAGAAAUUCUAAACCAAAUUUAGGAAAUUAAUGUGCUGGGGCGGGGAAUUGGUCAAUGUAACUAAGGGCCAAUAAAUGGAAAAUUGCGAAAGUAAAGAAUGUGGUCUUUUGGAAUUAAAAACAACAAAAUUAAAAGAUAGGUAAAGACUCAGGCAAAGAAAAGCAUUAGGGUGUAAGAGGAAUACUGCCAAAUACAACUUCUGUAGGAUGUUACCCUUUUGUUAGCCGCUUUCUGUUGCAAUAUACUGCCUUUUGUUUCAAUUAAUUUUGAAAGUAAUGAAGAAUCUAGUAAGAUAACUUUGUCAUUAUAGACCUGGUGUUUGGAACAUAAAUUAACAUGAAAUUUUGAUGGAAGAUCUUUUAAUCAAGAUCACUUUUAAAAGAGGAAAUUUGCAUCAGAACCAAGGUUCUCUGCAUUGUUAUUGAAAGGGUUAAUAAAUAGAUGUAGUGGGUUAUAUUGCAUUAAUUCAGCUGUUUAUAACAAAGUGAUUGGGUUCUUAUUCUUGAUUUUAAAUAGGACAGAACUAGUCUAUGUCCUUAGUUGAGUUAUUAUAGUAGUGGCUUGUAUAAUGGUACCAACAGAAUAAUCAAAGGCUUAUGUUAAAUUUUAUAAGGGAUUUUUAUGAACGUUGAUAGUAUCAAUUCUUGAAUUCGAAUAGCUAUAGAUUUUAUAGUACUUUGACCUUGGACUGUCUUUUCUGCUUCUCUCCAGUUGGACCACUGCUGUUUCAGCCCUGUCUCAGUACUCUACUUCCAGCUGUUUUUAUAGGGCAUCCUCUCCCAGGUCUUGUUUUUUUUUAAUUGUCAUUGAUACUUCUGUAACUAUUUUUCUAGGUAGGUGUGUCAACCCUUCACAACCCCAUUUUUACCUCUGGGAAGAAGCAGUCCAUAUUUGAGUUUGACUUCUAUUCUUGGACCUGUCCAGAACAUGAGGCCCUACCAAGACUUUGUGUUCUGCUGGUAUAGCUCUCAGGUUAUUGAGACACACAAACCACCAUAAUACACAAUAAAGACUAGAUCUUGAGAUUUUAUAGUAAUCUAACUGCCCGUCUCUUUCUCCUUGUCCUGGUUUGUUUGUCCCCCUAAUAUGCACAUCAAAUCAAUUAACCUGUAUGGUACUUUUACUAUAUCUUCAUUUUCCUCUAAAAACACUGACAAGUUGUUUAGUUUGCCUAGUAUUGAACAGAAAUGUAUAUUUUUAAGGUUUAAUUAAUUACUCAUGUAUGAAUUGUAUGAAGUUUUAUAAUUGUAUAUUUUAUUAUUUAUUAAAUGACAAAAGUGAAA